AUGGCCCGAGAAGAUGAACAAGCAGUGGAGCCUGAAACAAGAAAUGUUGGUGUUGAUAGUUUCGUAGACAGAGAGGCUGAAAAGGACAGUGAAGGAGAAGAUGAAGAUGAUGAAGAAGGACAAGGGCAAUCCGACGACUCUUCCGAAGAAGAUGACGACGAUGACGAUGAAGAGGCCAUUCAAAAAGUCCGUGAGGGGUUCAUUGUCGAUGAUGAUGAAGAUGAAGAAGAUGCGGUAAAAUCUAAAAAGAGAAGAAGAAGAGAAAAAAAGAGAAAGAGAAGAGUUGAAGAAAACGUCGAUGACGAUGCUAUAGACGAUGAUGAUUUGGAAUUGAUCAUGGAGAACUCUGGAGCUAGACCGGCUUCCAGUAGUAGCAGUGGGGGAAAAUUCAAACGGUUGAAGAGAGUACAAGAAGAUGGGGACAACGAUGCCGAAGAAGGCGGUGCCAGCUCCAGAACAUCCUCUCGUGCCGGUGGGCUUAACGAUAUGUUUUCAGAUGACGAUGAAGAUAUGGAUAGAGGUGAAGAAGAUGAUGGGUUAGAUCAUGACGAUGAUGACGACCUUGGUCAACAAGUGGAUUCAUCCGUAGGUCCAUCAGCUAACAUUCUCGACGAAUUCGAAGACUUUAUCGAAGAAGAUGAAUUUUCUGAUGAAGAUGAAGAAAGAAAAAGAAAGGCAGCCGCUGCCCAACGGCUCCAAAGAGCCAAAAAGGCUGGCCCACGUUUAGACACCUCUAAACUCUCAAGUGUAGACCGUGAGUCACUUCAACAAUUAUUUGAAGUAUUUGGCAACGGAGCUGAAUACGAAUGGGCAUUGGAUGCGCAAGAGAUUGAAGAUGAUGGUAAUGGGGAUAAUAUGGAACCAACUUCGUUGGAUGAAGUGUUUGAACAUGCUGAAUUGAAAGAAAGAAUGUUAACUGUCGAAGAUAAUGUCAUUAGAGUUGUUGAUGUCCCUGAACGUUAUCAAAAAUACAGAUCGAACUUGAACUAUAUUGAUUUGGAUGGACAAGAACUUGUAAAUCAACAAAAUUGGAUUGCCAAACUUCUCUUCAAAGAAAAGGGACAACAUGUUGUUGGUGGAAAGUUGGAAAAACCUUUCAAAGAAGCUGUGGCCAAGUGUGUUGAAUUCAUCCUGAAGGAUAUGUUUGAAGUUCCAUUUAUUUGGGCCCAUAGAAGAGACUUCUUGUUAUACACCGAGGAAGUUGCCGCAGAGGGUGCCAUGGACGGAAUUGAAGGUGCUUCCAUGGUGCCUGUGGUCCACAAGCUUCUUUCUGAAGAUGAUCUCUGGAGAAUUGUUCAACUUGAUAUUGAAUACCAUUCACUUUACGAGAAGAAAACUAACAUUGAAAAACUUGCCGAUAGUUUAUCAAUUGAUGAUGAUUUAGUCAAAGAUUUAAAGAACCUUGAAACCAUGGUGUCUAUACAAGACGUACAAGAAUACAUCAACUUCACAUAUUCUAAGGAAAUCAGAGAAAGAGAAGAAUCUGAAGAGUCUUCCAAGGCCAAGAAACAUCUGAAAUAUGCCGUCUUUGAAAGAAUUAGAGAAAAUGUCUUGUAUGACGCAGUGAAGGCUUAUGGAAUUUCAGCUAAGGAAUUUGGUGAAAACGUACAAGACCAAUCUUCUAAGGGAUUUGAAGUUCCAUAUCGUAUUCAUGCCACUGAUGAUGCUUUAGAAUCACCAGAAGAUCUUUUAGAAAAGAUUUGUGAAGAUGACGAAGUAUUAUAUAAGGAUCCAGCCAACGCACUUCAAGCGGUAAGAAAAACUUUUGCUGAAGAGAUCUUCCACAACCCUAAGAUCAGAGCUGAGGUAAGAAGCACUUACAAGGAUUUUGCCUUGGUUAGUGUUAAUGUCACUGAAAAGGGUAAGGGUAUUAUUGAUUCUCACAGUCAAUAUGCUGAUAUCAAAUAUGCAAUCAACCGUAGUCCUGCUGAUUUGGUCAGCAAGCCAGAAGUUAUGUUAAGAAUGUUGGAGGCUGAAGCUUCAGGAUUGGUAGUCGUUAAAGUUGAAACUAAAGAUUAUGAUAACUGGUUCCAAUGUAUUAUCAAUUGUUUAAAGAGUGAUGGUCUGUCUGACAUUUCUGAACAAUGGAACAUUGAAAGAGAAGUAGUAUUGAAGAUGGCUUUUAAGAGAUUGACUGCAAUGGUUCUGUUGAACACCAAGGAAGAUCUUCGUAGAGAAUGUGAACGUUUGGUACAACUGGAAGUUAGAAGAUGCGUUCUUGCCAAAGUUGAUCUGGCUCCAUUUACACCUUUUGGAUUUGAUAAGGGAACUAAACCUAACGUUUUAGCUCUUAGUUUCGGUAAAGGUGACUUUGACAGUGCUGUUAUUGGUGUUGUGGUAAGAGAAAACGGAAAAGUUGAUGAAUUCUUCAAGAGUGAACUGAAUCCUUCUAGAGAUAGAGAGAGUGAAGAGAAGUUCGGUGGACAACUUAAGGAGUUCUUUGAUAAGAGUUUGAGGGGUUCCAAUCCUGAUGUUAUUGUUGUUUCAGGAUUCAGUGCCAACUCCAAGAGACUCUUUGAUUCUGUAAAGAAUUUCAUUCAAAACAACUCCAUAACGGCAAACACUGAAGAUUUGGAAAAUAAUGAAGCUCCAGCUCCAUUGAUCCCAGUCAUUUGGGGUCAAGAUGAAGUUGCUAGAUUGUACCAAAAUUCUGAGAGAGCCAAGAUAGAAUUCUCAGAUAAGCCAACCUUGGCCAAGUACUGUGUCGCUUUGGCAAGAUAUGUUCAAAGUCCACUUUUGGAAUAUAUUUCACUUGGUGAUGAUAUUUUAUCAUUGACUUUCACUGAAAACCAAAAAUUGAUUGGUACUGACUUGAUCAUGGAUGCAAUUGAAACUGUAUUAGUUGAUAUUGUGAACAUGGUCGGGGUUGAAAUCAAUGAAGCUUUGAGAGACCCAUAUGUUGCUAAAUUACUUCCUUAUGUUGCUGGUUUGGGACCAAGAAAGGCAUCUGGUUUGCUCAGAAACAUCAACAGUAAGUUGGGUUCAACCUUGAGCAACAGAAGUGAUUUAAUCGAACAUGAACUUACCACUGCUAACAUCUUUAUCAACUGUUCUUCAUUUUUGAAUAUUCCGUAUGAUGAUGGUGUAUCCAUGAGAGACUCCAAUGUCGAAUUACUUGAUGCUACCAGAAUCCACCCACAGGAUUAUGAUUUAGCCAGAAAGAUGGCAACAGAUGCCUUAGACUUGGAUGAAGAAGAUAUGGACCAUAUUGAAGAGCAAGGUGGAAUUAUUUAUCAAUUGAUGCAAGAUGGUGUUGGAAAGGUUGAUUACCUUAACUUGACAGCUUAUGGUAAGGAGUUGGAAACUAAAUUCGGUAAGAAGAAAUAUGCUACUUUGCAAAGUAUUAAGGAAGAAUUGGUUAAUAACUAUGAAGAAUUGAGAAGAUCUUUCCGUCUUCUUGAAACUCUGGAAGUUUUCCAAAUGCUUACAGGUGAAACUACAUCUCUGUUUGCCAAGGACGUCAUCGUUCCUGUAACUGUGAAUAAGGUAGUGAAGAAUAACCGUGAUUACGAGAACGCUAGCGUUCGGUUUGCAAAGGUCACCACUGCUUCUCUCAUUCAAGGAAGUAUCGAAGAGAACUAUAUUCCACCAAAAGCGCAACUCGCCGUUCAACAAGUUGUCCAGGCUGUUGUUGUGGAUGUCGGAUAUGAAUCAUUCACUGCAGACUUUUCUCUCCUUGAAGCUGAUCUUCAAAGAGCCUCUCAACCAAAAUUCAUCAAGGAAGUUGGAAAGUGGGACUUUGAAGCAGAGCAAAGAGAUUUGCAAAAGGAAUUGGCCAAGGAACGUGCUCAACUUCUGAAGACUAGAAAUGUUCAACAUCCACUUUUCCAUAACUUCAACCAUAAGCAAGCCGAAGAAUAUUUGGCGCCACAAGCAGUUGGGGAUUGUGUUCUUCGUCCAUCAUCUAAGGGGCCAGAUUAUCUCACAGUCACUUGGAAGGUCUCCAACAAUCUUUUCCAACAUCUUCUGAUUCACGAGUCUACUUCGCCUGGGGGAAUAAAGGAAUACAAGGUUGAUGAUCAUAGAUAUUCUGAUUUAGAUCAACUUAUUUUCCAACAUAUCCAGGCUAUUGCUAAGCAUGUUGAUGAAAUGUGCCGUAAUCCAAAGUUCCGUGAAGGAACUAUGACUGAAGUUAUUGGAUGGUUAGAGCUGUACACAACGGCCAACCCUAAGAAUAGUGCUUACGUUUUCUGUUUCGAUCACAAGGCACCUGGUUGGUUCUUAUUGUUGUUCAAGGUCAAUGUGAAUACACCAAUCACACAAUGGCACGUCAAAACGGAACGUGAUGGGUAUAAAUUGAGAGGAUUCGCAUAUCCAAACAUGCUCAGACUCUGUAAUGGGUUCAAGCAAACAUUCAAGAGUUUGGUUAAGAAUAUGAGUUCAAGAGGUCCAGGUGGUUCAAGAGGUGGUGCUCCAGGCGUCAAUGGAGGAGGAGCUGCUCCGGUUGGCUCGUAUGGAGGUUACGGGUUCUAA